AUGUCGCGGUUCCACGUCGGCGGCAAAGUCGUGGAAAGAGUUGAUUUGUUGAGGAAGAAGCAUUGGAUAUGGCGAUUGGAUGUGUGGCCGUUCACCAUUCUCUAUGCUCUCUGGGUCACAACUGUCGUCCCGAGUAUCGACAUUGGUGAUGCCGGCAUUGUUUUUGGCGGGCUUGUUGCUUUCCACAUUCUGGUCUGGCUGUUCUCUGCGUGGUCUAUUGAUUUCAAGUGCUUCGUUCAGUAUAGUCAGGGUAACGAUAUUCAUCAGGCAGAUGCUUGUAAAAUAACCCCAGCCAAGUUUUCAGGGCCCAAAGAAGUUGUGCCCCUAUAUAUCCGUAAACAAGUAAGAGAAUCUUCAUCUGCAGAGGACGAGGACGAGAUUUUCUUUGAUUUCAGAAAGCAACGCUUUAUAUAUUCAAAUGAGAAGAAGACAUUUUUCAAGCUUCCAUACCCAACAAAAGAAACAUUUGGAUACUAUCUCAAAUGCACUGGCUACGGGUCUGAAGCGAAAGUACUUGCUGCUAGUGAAAAAUGGGGACGGAAUGUAUUUGAAUAUCCACAACCGACGUUCCAAAAGCUGAUGAAGGAGCACUGCAUGGAACCCUUUUUUGUGUUUCAGGUGUUUUGCGUGGGGCUUUGGUGCUUGGAUGAGUACUGGUACUACAGCAUAUUCACUCUGUUUAUGCUGUUUAUGUUUGAAUCAACAAUGGCCAAAAGCAGAUUGAAGACUCUUAGUGAGCUAAGACGUGUUAGAGUGGACAGUCAAACAGUAAUGGUUCAUCGUUGUGGAAAGUGGGUGAAACUUGCUGGAACUGAAAUGCUGCCAGGGGAUAUUGUAUCCAUUGGUCGCUCAGUUGGCCAGAAUGGCGAAGAUAAGACAGUGCCUGCAGACAUGCUUAUAUUGGCUGGGAGUGCUAUUGUGAAUGAAGCCAUUCUCACAGGCGAGUCAACUCCCCAGUGGAAGGUUUCAACUAGUGGUAGGGGAAAGGAUGAGAAUCUGUCAGCAAGACGGGAUAAAACCCAUGUCUUGUUCGGUGGAACUAAGAUAUUGCAGCACACUCCAGAUAAGACAUUUCCGCUGCGAACCCCUGAUGGUGGCUGCCUGGCUGUUGUUCUACGAACUGGGUUUGAAACAAGUCAAGGAAAAUUGAUGCGGACAAUUUUGUUUUCUACAGAGAGGGUAACUGCAAACAGCUGGGAAAGUGGGUUUUUCAUUCUGUUCUUAGUUGUGUUUGCUGUGAUUGCAGCAGGCUAUGUUCUGAAAAAGGGACUGGAGGAUCCUACAAGGAGCAAGUACAAACUAUUUCUCAGUUGUUCACUGAUCAUAACUUCAGUUAUUCCACCGGAAUUGCCAAUGGAAUUAUCCAUAGCAGUUAAUACAUCUCUAAUUGCCUUAGCACGUCGUGGCAUAUUUUGCACAGAACCUUUCCGCAUUCCAUUUGCUGGGAAGGUUGAUAUUUGUUGUUUUGAUAAGACUGGAACACUGACAUCAGAUGACAUGGAGUUUCGUGGGGUAGUUGGGUUGGAUGAUGAUACUGAUCUCAAAUCCGACAUGACUAAAGUGCCUGUUCGUACUGUUGAAAUUUUGGCGGCUUGUCAUGCGUUGGUUUUUGUCGACAAUAAGCUGGUUGGAGAUCCUCUUGAGAAGGCUGCACUGAAGGGAAUAGACUGGAGCUAUAAGUCAGAUGAGAAGGCUGUACCCAAAAGGGGGAGUGGGAAUGCUGUUCAGAUUGUUCAGCGACACCACUUUGCUUCCUAUCUAAAGAGAAUGUCAGUAGUUGUUCGUGUAGAGGAGGCAUUUUUGGCUUUUGUGAAGGGUGCACCAGAGACUAUUCAAGAUAGGCUGACUAAUUUGCCAGCAUCCUAUGUGGAUACCUACAAGAAAUACACUCGCCAGGGAUCUCGUGUUCUGGCCCUUGCUUUCAAGUCCCUUCCAGACAUGACAGUCAGCGAAGCAAGGAACUUGGAGAGGGAUGAAGUGGAGAAUAGUCUCACUUUUGCUGGUUUUGCUGUGUUUAAUUGCCCAAUAAGAGCAGAUUCAGCUACUGUAUUGUUGGAGUUAAAGAAUGCAUCGCAUGACUUGGCAAUGAUCACUGGGGACCAAGCUUUAACAGCUUGCCAUGUUGCCAGCCUAGUGCAUAUCAUCUCAAAACCAACAUUAAUUCUCGUCAAAACAAGGAGUGAAGGAUAUGAGUGGAUCUCACCAGAUGAAACAGAGGUUAUACCGUACAGUGACAAAGAGGUUGAAGCUUUAUCAGAGACCCAUGAUCUGUGCAUUGGAGGUGACUGUAUUGAUAUGCUGCAACAGAGUUCAGCUGUUCUUCGAGUCAUUCCUUAUGUCAAGGUCUUUGCAAGGGUUGCCCCUGAGCAAAAAGAACUGAUCAUGACUACAUUCAAGACCGUGGGGAGGAUUACAUUGAUGUGUGGGGAUGGAACAAAUGAUGUUGGAGCUUUGAAGCAGGCCCAUGUAGGUGUAGCCCUAUUGAAUGCAGUGCCUCCAUCGUCGGAAUCAUCUAAAAAGGUUAAAGACGAAGGAAAAGAUGGAAAUGAGAAGCCUGUUGUCAAGCCUUCCAAAAAAGCAAAUACAAUGACUGAAAUGGGGUCUUCUUCAAGGGGGAGAGCCGGAACUAAGUCAGAUCCCAUCAGUAGGUCUGUUGGUAACCGUCAUCUAACGUCUGUAGAAAUGCAGCAGCAGAAACUGAAGAAGCUGAUGGACGAGAUGAAUGAAGAGGGUGACGGUCGAUCGGCUCCAGUUGUCAAACUUGGAGACGCUUCGAUGGCAUCCCCUUUCACCGCAAAGCACGCGUCUGUUGCCCCGACGACAGACAUCAUACGCCAAGGUCGAAGCACUCUGGUGACCACCCUUCAGAUGUUUAAGAUCCUUGGUCUCAACUGCCUUGCCACAGCAUAUGUGUUGAGCGUCAUGUACUUGGAUGGUGUGAAGCUUGGCGACGUCCAGGCUACAAUCAGUGGCAUCUUUACUGCCUCAUUCUUCCUCUUUAUCUCGCAUGCACGUCCUCUCCCCACACUUUCCGCUGAGAGGCCCCACCCAAACAUUUUUUGCUUCUAUGUCUUUCUGUCACUAAUGGGGCAGUUUGCGAUGCACUUGUUCUUCCUCAUUUCUUCAGUGAAAGAAGCCGAGAAGCAUAUGCCGGAGGAGUGCAUCGAACCGGAUUCUGAUUUCCAUCCAAAUUUGGUAAACACAGUUUCAUACAUGGUGAGCAUGAUGAUUCAGCUAGCAACCUUUGCCGUGAACUACAUGGGCCAUCCUUUCAACCAGAGCAUCUCCGAGAACAAGCCUUUCAUGUAUGCUCUGUUGGGUGCCGCUGGCUUCUUCACCGUCAUAACCUCAGAUCUUUUCAGGGAUCUGAAUGACUGGUUGAAGUUGGUGCCUUUGCCGCCAGGGUUGAGGAAUAAGCUUCUGCUUUGGGCGUUUCUUAUGUACUUGAGCUGCUACGCUUGGGAGAGAUUGUUGAGGUGGGCGUUCCCUGGUAGGAUUCCGGCAUGGAAGAAGCGUCAACGUGUUGCUACUGCAAAUUUGGAGAAGCAAAAACGCAUGUGA